UGUUUGCGAAACAGCAAGAACGAAACAGAAACAAAGUGAAAGAAACAAUACUUUAAGUUAGACUUGCUUUCCUUGUCCGGCUGUUGAAAUAAAUUACAAUUUAAUUACAAAAACAAAACGAUGCAGCAAAACGACGAAGUCAAGGAUGAUGAUUUGCCUGCGAAUACGCUGGAGCACUUUGCCGAACUGGACCAAGUACUCGCCCUUAUAGAAAAUAUGAAGUCAAUACAAGCGAACGCCUUUGAACGUGAAUUUGAACAAUACACAGAGGUGCUCUCUCGCUACCAGGAGCAACCGCACCUGCUUGAUCCCCAUCUGGAGCUUCUGUUGACGCGGCUGUUAAACAGGAUCAGACAGGCAAACUUAGAAGCUGGGGAACGCGAUGCAGCUUUUAAGUAUUUGUAUGUGAUUUGCAAAGUUCGCACAUAUAAAGUUUUGGUUAAAUUCAUGCCUCAUGAAUUGACCGAUUUAGAAUUUGUACUGCAACUGCUUAGCGAACAGGAUCCCAAGAAGUUUAGCAACUGGGAGACACGCUAUAUGCUUCUACUCUGGAUGUCAAUAUUGGUACUGAAUCCCUUUCAUAUGUCUCGACUGGAUGCGUAUGAAGAAGCUGCUCCUCUGUCUCUUAACAAUUGUAAUCAUGAUGGUCCACGGACUCCCGCAGUCAUUCCCAAAAUGGAACGCAUCUAUGAGCUGUGUAAGCUAUAUUCCUCUUCGAAUGACACCUGCAGCAAUAUGGCUGCCUACUUGUCCGCCAAGUACUUUGUACGCAAUGACAUAAAGGAUUUGUAUUUGGAGCGAUUUCUCGACUGGAUCAUUGAGCAGCAUCAAGCGGACACAUUACAGGUGAAGUUUGGUCAGCUGGCUGCCGUUGCAUCUAUAUUAAAGCAUGGCAAACGAGAGGACCUACUGCCCUAUGCGGACAAGCUUCUCCAAUGGAUCGUAGGAUGCCAGUACAAGGAUGUCAAUGAUUUUCUUAAAUAUAAAUACUACAUAAAGAUUGUGCAGCGACUGGGAUUGGUGCAGCUAAAACCGCGCAUCGCCAGCUGGCGUUACAAAAGAGGCACUCGCUCGCUGGCAAGCAAUUUAGCUCGUCAAUCAAACGCUGCGGGAGAUUCCUCAGCUGGUCAGGCCAAACCCGAGGAUGAUUCCUCUGCCGAGGAGAUCGUAGUGCCCGAUGCUAUUGAGGAGGUCAUAGAGGAGCUUCUCCAAGCUCUGCGCAGUGGCGGCAAUGAUAUACGAUGGAGUGCAGCCAAGGGUUUAGGUCGUGUUACCAAUCGCUUGCCCAAGGAGCUGGCUGAUGAGGUAAUUGGCUCUGUUAUAGACAUACUCAAUCCUCUGGAGCCACAUGAGGCUUGGCACGGCGGUUGCCUUGCCCUAGCAGAGUUAGCCAAGAGAGGCUUACUCCUGCCUUAUCGUUUGCACGAACUUGUGCCGCUGCUGAUGCAGGCGCUCUUCUAUGACGAGAUGAAGGGGUACAUGUCUGUAGGCCAGCACAUUCGAGAUGCUGCCUGCUACAUGUGCUGGGCUUUUGCUCGUGCCUACAAUCCGGACGAUCUAAAACCAUUUGUUCAUCAAAUCUCAUCUGGGUUGCUCACUGUGGCCGUGUUCGAUAGGGAAAUCAACUGCAGACGCGCUGCUUCGGCUGCUUUUCAAGAGAGCGUUGGACGCUUGGGCAAUUUUCCAUAUGGCAUUGAGAUAUCCACAACUACGGACUUUUAUUCCGUCGGCAUUCGACAGAAUUCAUAUUUAUCUAUUAGUGAUUUUAUUGCACAAUUUGAGGAAUAUCGCCAGCCUCUUAUAGAUCAUCUAGUGCAGCGCAAAGUUGGCCACUGGGAUUCAGCUAUAAGAGAGCUUACAGCCAAGGCGCUGCACAAGCUCACCUAUCGAGCCCCCGAGUAUAUGGCAGCUGUUGUCCUGCCUCAACUCCUGGCUAAAACGGAGACAAUCGAUGUGAAUGCAAGGCAUGGCUGCGUAUUGGCUAUGGGCGAGAUAACGUUGGCUUUAAGGAAUCUGGAAAGGGCGCCAGAUUCUAAAGUUGUUUACCUAUCCAAUCAGCGCAUUGCUGAGUUAAAUGAUCUCGUUAAAACUUUUCUGGACCGCAACUUCUAUCGAGGCAUGAGCGGCGAAUUGAUGAAGUUCUGUACUUCAAACUUUAUACGUAAUUGCAGCGUGGCUCAGCUGCCUGUUAACUCGGAUUGUCUUGCCAGCUGGCAGCACGUCAUUGACCUGUGCCUAAUCACCAAAACGAACAAUAUACGCGAUGCUGCUGUCGAGGCUUUUGCGGACCUGUGCCUCUCCUUUUACUGCUUGGAAUCGCGUUCAGCUCAGAACGAGCGCAUUAUCCAGGCUUACCUAAGAGGGGCUGACAACGAUCUAGAAGAGCAUAUGCGCAUGGGUUAUAUUGCUGCAUUGGGCGUGCUGCCUGCCUUUAUACUGCGACAGCACUUAACUUCCAUUGUGGAUAAUUUAGUAAAGCAUGCUCUGGUGCCUCACUGCGCAUACGAAGAUCACGAAUCGGGGCAGACCUACAGAUGGAGCGAGGCGCGCACUCACAGCGUUCAAGCGCUGAGCAAAGUGGUUAAAACUGUUGGAUACGAUUCGUCCUUAUCGUGUUCAUUUGCGGACCGGCUGCACUUUGAUAAAGUGGUUCAAUGUCUGUUACGAGCUCUGGAUGAAUAUACUUUGGAUAAUCGUGGAGAUAUUGGUGCUUGGGUGCGCGAGGCUGCGAUGCAGGCACUCUACGAAUUGGUUACAGAGUGUCCAGCAGAUCUAUUAACGCCACUACAUGUGCAACAAAUUGUGGUUGGUUUUAUGCAGCAGUCAGUGGAGAAAAUUGAUCGUACUCGCGGCUUAGCUGGACGUCUUUGUUGUCAGUUGAUCCACACAGAGCCCGCCAUACCUCACAUAUGUGACCAUCAGCGAUUGCUCGAGAUCUUUCCGAAGGAUGAGAAGUCCGUGUUAUGGCUUUUUGCCGAUCAAACAUUCCCGUUAUUCUGCGAACUGCUGGCCUUGCCGGCCUAUUCGAAGCGCGUUCUACUCGGGCUUUCAGCCAGCAUAGGACAGUUGACUGAAUCUCUGAUCAAAUACUCUUCUUCUGCACUGUUCCAAUUUUUGCGUUCCCAUCAGGAGAUGGUGCCACGUCUCUGCUCAGAGAUUGUUGAGAUCUUUGAAAGCCAUCUUCUGAACGAGCGUGUGACCUAUCCCAUGCUCAGCUUCUUGGAUAUUCUACUCGGCUCGGGCAGCAUUGAGUCGGUUUUGCACGAUGAGGAUAAUCCCUUUGCUGAGGAUAUUUAUCGCCUACUUAACCUGGAGGUCAAGGGCUAUAGGAAGCUGUAUAAGACAGCAACCAGUAUUAGCACUUUUUGUCAGUUGCUUCAAGUUCCUCGGCUUAGCAAAAGAGUACUUUCCAAAAUCUCCAUAUUUCUCGGUCUACAACAUGUGCACGUACGCAAGACGGCAGCAACUAAGUUGUACGAAGCGCUGGCGCUUCACGGCGAUGUCACUGAAAUACCCGAAGAAAAUAUGGAUGAGAUUUUGUCUCUGCUGUCGGAAACGGAUUGGACUAUGCCUUUGGUUGAGGUGCGACCGUUACGAAAUGAGCUUUGCAAUUUGAUGGGUAUUAAACCACCGGUUAGUGGCGCAGCUGCUGCUGCCAACAAGAUGGAAAUUGUGGCUGACAAAUAAGAUAAAAAGCAUACUAAUGUACUUUGACGUAUCCGUCAAAAAAUAAUUUAUUGCCUUUCACAAAAUAAAAUUUAGAUUCAAAUUCCAAAUGCGAAAUUGUCAUACGACGUUAGGCAGUGUUGAUAAACGUGGAUACAAUACACAACUAUGUGAUUUAUCCGAGUGAGAUCGAAAUUUAAGAAUGUUUGG